ACGCUGUCCCGCCUUUUCUGGAACGCGGAGAUGUUGAGCGGGCCGGCGGCCAUCUUGUGAAGCGGCGAAGGAGGUGGUGGCUGCUUUGGGCUCCGGGAAGCCGUUCUGGCUGGGGCUGUCGACCGCGGGGCGGAGGCACUCGCGCGGGGGUCUAAAAGUUGGUUUUAAUUGGUUGCCCACAGGAUUGACUUGGCCUCUACUUCUUGUUAAGAAAAUACAUCUCUUGUUUUAUCAGGUGUGUGUGGUUUCAGCGCAGCAUGGCUGUGGUCAUCCGUUUGCAAGGUCUCCCAAUUGUGGCGGGGACCAUGGACAUUCGCCACUUCUUCUCUGGAUUGACCAUCCCUGAUGGGGGCGUGCAUAUUGUAGGGGGUGAACUGGGUGAGGCUUUCAUCGUUUUUGCCACUGAUGAAGAUGCGAGGCUUGGUAUGAUGCGCACAGGUGGUACAAUUAAAGGGUCAAAAGUAACACUGUUGUUGAGUAGUAAAACGGAAAUGCAGAAUAUGAUUGAACUGAGUCGUAGGCGUUUUGAAACUGCCAACUUAGAUAUACCACCAGCAAAUGCUAGUAGAUCAGGACCGCCACCUAGCUCAGGAAUGAGCGGCAGGGUAAACUUGCCUACAACGGUACCCAACUUUAAUAAUCCCUCACCCAGUGUAGUUACUGCCGCCACUUCUGUUCAUGAAAGCAACAAAAACAUACAGACAUUUUCCACAGCCAGUAUAGGAACGGCUCCUCCAAAUAUGGGGGCUUCCUUUGGGAGCCCAACGUUUAGCUCAACCAUUCCGAGCACAGCCUCUCCGAUGAACACAGUCCCGCCGCCACCAAUUCCUCCAAUCCCAGCGAUGCCAUCUUUGCCACCAAUGCCAUCAAUUCCCCCAAUACCAGUUCCUCCUCCGGUACCUACAUUGCCUCCCGUGCCUCCUGUUCCCCCAAUACCCCCAGUCCCUUCUGUGCCACCCAUGACCCCACUGCCACCCAUGUCAGGCAUGCCACCCUUGAACCCGCCACCUGUGGCACCUCUACCUGCUGGAAUGAAUGGUUCUGGAGCACCUAUGAAUCUGAACAAUAACCUGAACCCUGUGUUUCUGGGUCCACUGAAUCCUGUUAACCCUGUCCAGAUGAACUCUCAAAGCAGUGUGAAACCACUUCCCAUCAACCCUGAUGACUUGUAUGUCAGUGUGCAUGGAAUGCCCUUUUCUGCAGUGGAAAAUGAUGUCAGAGAAUUUUUCCAUGGGCUCCGUGUCGAUGCAGUGCAUUUGUUGAAAGAUCAUGUAGGUCGAAAUAAUGGGAAUGGAUUGGUUAAGUUUCUCUCCCCUCAAGAUACAUUUGAAGCUUUGAAACGAAACAGAAUGCUGAUGAUUCAACGUUAUGUGGAAGUUAGUCCUGCCACAGAAAGACAGUGGGUGGCUGCUGGAGGCCAUAUCACUUUUAAGCAAAGUAUAGGACCUUCUGGACAAACCCAUCCCCCUCCUCAGACACUUCCCAGGUCAAAAUCGCCCAGUGGGCAGAAAAGGUCAAGGUCAAGAUCACCACAUGAGGCUGGUUUUUGUGUUUACUUGAAAGGGCUACCAUUUGAAGCAGAAAACAAACAUGUCAUUGAUUUUUUUAAAAAGUUGGAUAUUGUGGAAGAUAGUAUUUAUAUCGCUUAUGGACCCAAUGGGAAAGCAACUGGUGAAGGCUUCGUAGAAUUCAGGAAUGAGGCUGACUAUAAGGCUGCUCUAUGUCGUCAUAAACAGUAUAUGGGCAAUCGCUUUAUUCAAGUUCAUCCAAUUACUAAGAAAGGUAUGCUAGAAAAGAUAGAUAUGAUUCGAAAAAGACUGCAGAACUUCAGCUAUGACCAGAGGGAAAUGAUGUUAAAUCCAGAGGGGGAUGUCAACUCUGCCAAAGUCUGUGCCCAUAUAACAAAUAUUCCCUUCAGCGUUACCAAGAUGGAUGUUCUUCAGUUCCUAGAAGGAAUCCCAGUGGAUGAAAAUGCUGUACAUGUUCUUGUUGAUAACAAUGGGCAAGGUCUAGGACAGGCAUUGGUUCAGUUUAAAAAUGAAGAUGACGCACGUAAGUCUGAACGCUUACACCGUAAAAAACUUAAUGGGAGAGAAGCUUUUGUUCACGUAGUUACUCUAGAAGAUAUGAGAGAGAUUGAGAAAAAUCCCCCUGCCCAAGGGAAAAAAGGGUUAAAGAUGCCUGUGCCAGGUAAUCCUGCAGUUCCAGGAAUUCCCAGUGCGGGAAUUCCCAGUGCAGGACUGCCCGGUGCGGGAAUGCCUGGUGCGGGAAUGCCAGGUGCAGGGAUGCCAGGUGCGGGAAUGCCCAGUGCGGGAUUACCUGGUGUGGGGAUGCCUGGUACGGGACUGCCCGGUGCGGGAAUACCUACUGCAGGAGGUGAAGAACAUGCCUUCCUGACUGUAGGAUCUAAGGAGGCCAACAAUGGACCUCCAUUUAACUUUCCUGGUAAUUUUGGUGGGUCAAAUGCAUUUGGGCCACCACUCCCUCCUCCAGGAUUAGGAGGGGCCUUUGGUGAUGCUAGGCCUGGAAUGCCUUCAGUUGGAAAUAGUGGUUUGCCUGGUCUCGGACUGGAUGUUCCAGGUUUUGGAGGUGGACCAAAUAAUUUAAGUGGACCAGGAUUUGGAGGGGGUCCUCAGAAUUUUGGAAAUGGCCCUGGUAGCUUAGGUGGUCCCCCUGGUUUUGGAAGCGGCCCUCCUGGCCUUGGAAGUGCCCCCGGGCAUUUGAGUGGGCCUCCAGCAUUUGGUCCUGGCCCUGGCCCUGGCCCUGGCCCAAUCCAUAUUGGUGGUCCUCCUGGCUUUGGAUCUAGUUCUGGAAAACCAGGACCAACAGUAAUUAAAGUACAGAACAUGCCCUUCACUGUGUCUAUUGAUGAGAUUUUAGAUUUCUUUUAUGGCUAUCAAGUGAUUCCAGGCUCAGUGUGUUUAAAAUACAAUGAAAAAGGUAUGCCCACAGGUGAAGCUAUGGUAGCUUUUGAAUCUCGGGAUGAAGCCACAGCUGCUGUCAUUGACUUAAAUGACAGACCUAUUGGCUCUAGGAAAGUAAAACUUGUAUUAGGGUAGCUGUUCAUAUCAAUUCUUCAUAGGGUAGAUAUAGUGUUCAUAGUGCUGUGAUUAAUGCAUUCAGAUUGUUUUCCUAGUGUUUCCAGGUUAGAACCUGUGGAUUGUUUCAAUUGCAUAUAGAUUGGUUACCAUAACAUAGAACAUUGGUUGACUGUUUACAGAAGACUCACUACCAGGAUAAACAUUGCUGUAUGUAAAGCCGACAGUAAAGCUGUCUUGAGAGAACACAAAAAUGAUUUUGGCGUAUCAUUAGAGAAACCAUUUGUAAAACUCAAAUGACCACAUAAAGCUUAUCAAGGAGUCUAGAUUGUUUUUGUUUUAUACCAUAUGGGAUGAAGAAAAUAGAAAUGUCAUAAGAGCUCAUUAAGGGUGCUCUUGCCAGCUGCUGAAAAAUAGAAGCUGGCUACUCUUGGAAUUUGGUUUAAAGUUGGACAGAUUUGCUUUGUUAUAGGAUCAAAGCUUUGUCUAAAGUCCUCAUUUUCUUUUAAAAUUGAAUAAAAUCUCUGUAUACAGAUUCACUGUAUGUACCUUUAUUGCUUCUUGAGGGUUCUUGCUGUAUAGACAGUCCUGCUUCUGAAGUUGCUGCUUUGUUUGCCCAAUUGACUCAUUUGUAAAUGAGCAGAACUGUUUUGUUGUUUUUUUAUAUAUAAAACUCCACACGUGGUUUGUGCUAUAACCUUGAACUUUGAUUUCUAAUGUCACACUUAAAACUGUGUGGAAUAAGAUAUUUGCCACAAAAAUAAAAUACGGAGUCCUCUACCUACCAGAGCCUUUUUGGUUUGACCGCCAAGUUUUAGUUUAGUCAGUUUUAAAAAUUGUUCAUGUUGUUUGGAUGGCAUCGAAAACCAGAAGCCACUUUUAAUAAUCAUCUUAUUUAAGAUGCUUGAUUUGAAUUCUUGCCCAAGAUGGACUAAUGUUCUGUCAAUUUCUUUGUGUCCCAAAUUUAUGUCAAAUUUUGACUGUAACUAAAGAGGGUCCAUUUGUAAGAAAACAUUAUAAUAUCUAGGUUUUUAAAAUUGAGGUUGAAAUUGUUAGCUUUGUUAGCCAGUAGUGUUAUAGAAUAAAAGAUGCAUAAGCUGGUCUAUAGAUUGAUAAGCAUUUAAUCCUGUUACUUGGAGGCUUUUUGGUCUGGUUGUUUGAUCAGGAGCCUGUUUACAAAAACUCUUCAUAAAGAGUACAAGUGCAGCUGCCAAAGGGGAGAGAAUUGAGACUCCUUGCCCUUUCAUACUCUUUUCUUUUGGCAUUCAGGACACUAAGGCAGGAGGACCACAUGGGUUCUGGUUGGUGAGUGUCCUUAUCACAAAAACAUUUGCCUUACAGUGUCCUGCUCACUGCCACAAAAGGCUCUACUUUAUGGUUAUUUUCCUUCUUAGUUAAAAUGUUCUUAAAGAUGUGUUACAUUAUAUCAUAAACAUGGAAUGAGAUAUCAGUGAGGUAUCAUGAAAAACAGAUUUUGUCUUUUACAUGGGCUUCUUUCUUGGUUUGAAACAUCCCCAACAUUUCCUGCAAAUCAAUAUACUUACAAAGGGGUCAGCUUUUUAAAAGAAGUAUUUCCUAUUUAAAAAAAAAAUAGUGCCUUUUUGGUAUUGCAAUUCAGUGGAACACUGAAAUAGAGUGUUGUUGUUUAUAAUUUAAGAGUUAAGAGUGGCAACAGUUUCAUUUGUGAUAAGAUUUGGAAAGCCUUUUCAUCACUACAAUCUUAGAGGAUUGACAGUACAGGAUUUUUUGUUUAGAGAAAGGAUUAUUUAGACUUUCAAAGAAGAAAUGGCUGUGUUGUGGGUCUUUUGGUAAUUCACGAAUACAAAUUUGCUUUGACGGAUCAAUAGAUAUUGUCUCCUCAGCUAAAAAAGCAAUAUGACUUUUGUAUAUGCUGUUCAAUUUAAGUUUUCUGUUAAGUAAUCAUUUCUCAUUCCAAAGACAGAGUGCAAAAAACUUCAGCGCUGCUUGCAAGUCUUAUUUCAACUGCAGAUUAUUUUCCCCAUUGGAAAGCUGACUAUUUUCAUUUUAGAAAAAUGGGUUGUUUGAAGAUGAAAGUCUUUUAUCUUUUUUCACAAUUUAUUUUGGCUAUGUGUUCGUACAUCUUAUUAAAUAUUGCAUAUACUUUAUUGCAACUACUUUGUUAUUUCUACUUUUUAGAUAAAUGCUACAAAGGAAAACUUGAUUUCAUUGUUCAUCAAAUUAAAUAAAUUAAGAAAAUAGUGGUUUGUGUAGAAAUUGGAGAGAAUUGUUUUUCAUAUUUGGUUGAAUCACAACAGUGCAUCUCUUGUUGUGAAAUGUAAUUAAAUGCUUUGCCCUCUGGAACAUGAUUGUUGUGUAUCUGAGACUUAUUAACAUAGCGCUAAUUGCUGAGCAUACUGUUCAUCUAGUUCUGGGCAUUGGAGUUUGAAUUUAAAAAAAAAAAAAAAAACUCUCGAAAAUAUGUUCUGUGAAAGUAUUCUUACGUCUCUUCCCACAAAUUUUCUCGUAAGAACUAGGAUUGGGGUGAAAAUGAAUUUAAGUUAUUUUCUUAUUUACUUUGUAUGGUAUGAAGGAUUUGUAAAGCUUUGCUCAAAGUUGUGUGCAUUUGUAAACAUUAUUAUGGUAUUUUCAAUCUUAUGUGUAAAUUCUAUUGCUUUUUUUGGUGACUGACAUUAAUGGAAGAGAAUCUUUUCCAUUAGUUUUAACCCUCUCCCCCCUUUCUUUUUAGUUUAAAGGUUUAGAGAAAUCUACACAAUGUACUUUAUAAAAAAGCAAAUUUGUAAACUUUCUCUGAACUUUAGCGAAACAUUUAGUUCACAAGCAAAAUUUGGAGGUGUGUUUUGUGUUUAUACUGUAGAUUGGAUGUAUAAUUAUGAGUGGCUUUUUUUUUUUUUUUUUUUUUUUUUUUAAUCCUACACUGUUAAGUGAAAUGUGGUUUCUUUCUAGCUUUGUGUUCCAAGUUGUCAAAGCAAUGACAGUGGAAAUUCCAUUAGGAAAUUUUAUUCAGAAUUUCAGAGAGUAACAGUCUAUGGUCAGUCUUAACUCACUGGAUGAAAAUCUAGGGCUGUGUAUGGAAGUAAGCAAACAUACAUUUUGGGUGGAAAUACCCUGGAUAAAAAUAAGAAUGCAUGAAAGUCUUAAAGUGAAAGUCCCUUUUAUUGAAUUCUGUCAUUGUAUAUAGGUGUGGGUCACGUGUUUAAAAAUAAAUCCAUUCAUCAAUUCAUGAACAUUUUAAAAGUGAGUAAAGAAACUGUAAAUUGCUGCUAGUCAGAUCUCUGAAAAGAAUUUCUGCCAGGGAUCACUUUAAAAAAUUAAUUCCCAGAGUUCCCUGGUGGUUUAAGCAGAUUAAGGAUCUGGCGUUGUCACUGUCGUGGUGCAGGUUUGAUCCCUGGCCUGGGAAGUUCUGUAUGCUGCAGGCACAGCCAAAAUAAAUAAAUACAUAUAUGUAUUUAUUUCCCAUUCUCACAAACACCUAAGUUGUUUUACUGGCAGUUCUGUAGUAGUACAGACUUUAGAAACCAAACACAAUAAAAUGACUCGUUACUAAUAUGGCCACAAUAUUGCUAGCAAAUACUGCCUUGGCUUCAUUCAGCAGAGGUUUUUGUUUAUAUAGAUGAAGAAUACUAUUCAAUAAACUUGUCACGAAAUAAAACAGGCUGAUGCUUUUAAUGCUUCAACUGUACAAGAAUAUUCUACUGAGCUAUAUAUUAUCAGGUGUUUGUUUUGUUUUGUUUUUUAAAUUCCUGAAAAUACUUUGUGCCUUUGGAAAGAUGGAUUUGAUGAUCUUGGAGGUAAUAAUUGUUGCUUAUCCUUGUCUGCUAAUGCUAAAGUGUGGAAAGAAGAGGAUACCUGGAACAGCAGGGAGGAAUCUUGAUUCUAGGUCAAAUCUGUGGUAUCUACUUUUUCAGACUUAAGUGUUUUUUGCUAGCAAGCCGCUCGUUAUGUGGACUCAGAAAGUACUGGAAACCAGAUGCUUCUUUUCACAAAAGGUCUUAAAGGGGGCUGUGAAUAGUCUUUUAAAAAAAACAAUUAGGAAAUGGGAAAAGGAAUCUUCAGAAUACGUUCAGCUACACAUACCUCUAGGGCUUUCUUUUUUUUUUUUGUUUGUUUACUUGUUUGUUUUUGCGUUAGUAUGUGUGGUAUUUGAGGUGGAAGAGGAGAGAGGAAUAAAAAAUAUUGCUGCUUUCUGACAUUGAUGCCCUCGGUUUUAUCCCUUCCAUAUUCAACUUCUAAUGGGAAAAAAAUAGAAAAAAAAAAAUCCAAAAACUCCACAGUCUUUUUAAAAAAUCUGGAUUGGAGUUGCAGAGAAGUUGGUGGACUGUUCCUUUUAGAGCUCUUGGAAAAGAUUUAUAACUUUUAUCUUUUUCAUUGAAGAGUUUUAUUUUAGCCUGUAUGUGAGUUUGAAUACUCAACUUGUUUUAGAGAGAUUUAGACUAGACAUACAUGCUUAAUUCCAGGUAGUUGCCAAGCUGUUUUUAAAAUCGUGACAGUUUGACUAAGAAUUUGAAAAAUCAUGGAGUGAGAUAGCUGCCUUAAGGAUAUCUCAGAAUGACCUUUACUGUCUUAAAGGGGUGGAAUUUGUGCUAAUAUAUCUCCUUUUCUUGCUCAGGAGAGAUCCCUAAACUUGUGUAAUUCAUUGUUAUCUGCUUUAUGUUGUUUUACUGCAAGAAAUAGCCUCAAUUAUAUGCAUCGCCAUUGUUCUCCUUAACCCCUUAAAAGUAGAGCUUGUAGGAGCUCUCAUAUGGCUCAGCAGGAUCACUGGCCUCUUGAGAGCGCUGAGACUCCAGUUUGGUCCCCAGCCUGGCACAGUGGGCUAAGGAUCUGGCAUUGUUACAGCUUCGGCUUAGGUCGAGACUGUGGCUCAGAUCUGGUCCCUGGCCUGGAAACUCCAUAUGCUGUGGGGCAGCCAAAAUUGGGGUUGGGGGCAGUAGAACUUGUAUGAGAUAUGGUAGAAUUCAAACUUAUGGCUCUCUUUUU